AUGAGUCAAGCAAGUAAUGAUGAUAUUACUAGUAAGCCCACUUCUAGUCGAGAUGCAACUUCUGCAAGUGACAUGGACUCAUUAGAUGCUUUCUUUUCAUGGAAUUCUUCUACUAGUGAAGUUUUUGUAAAAAAUGAAUUAGAAAGGUACUUAGAGGAAAGCACUUUACCCCAGAUUCAUGAGUUUGAUGUGUUAGUUUGGUGGAAGUUAAAUGGGGUUAAGUAUCCUACAUUGUGUUUGAUUGCAAAAGGCAUAUUAUCCAUUCCUAUAUCCACUAUUGAUUCAGAGUCUUCUUUUUCUACAAGUGGUAGAAUCGUUGGUCCACAUAGGAGUAGACUUCUUCCGUCAACAAUUGAAGUUAUCAUAUGCACUCAAAAUUGGCUAUGGGCGGGUAAAAAAGGUUGUGUUAUUGAUGGUGAUGCUUUACAUUCCAAUGAAGACAACGAAGGAAUUGAGGGAGUAUAUUCAAAUGUCAAUGGAUGA